ACAGGCUUUAUUUCAUGUGGUUAAUAUGGCUUCAGCAAUUGACAUUCUGCUAGUGGGGAUUUUCAGUGUAAUGGUUCCAUCAACUGCUGAUUUUGUGACUGUGAAGUGUCAGAACAGCACUGGUCACUCUGGCCAGUCCUCAAGGCUGGGCUGUGUGGUGAAAUCGGAAUACGACAUAAAGAUAAUGCAGGUGUUCUGGAAGAAAGGCGACAUCAUUGUGCUGUCUCAGAAAGUCGAUGGUGGUAAACAAACAGAGGAUGAACGAUUUCAGUUGGCAGACACCAACUGGAUGAACAGCUAUAAUAUAUCCUUGCUUGUGAAGGACACACAAAUCUCAGAUGCGGGCAACUAUUCAUGCACUGCGGACACUAACAGGGGUGUCUCUAAAGCGAGCGCUGCAUUACAUAUCAAAGCAAAGUACACUGAGCCGGAUAUGACCUCCAAGGACAUAAAAGACGGGGACACGGUGGAAUUGACCUGCGUUGCGUCCGGUGGAUACCCCAGAGGCACUGUCCACUGGUUUGAUCAUUUGAAUACGAACUGGACCCGCAGUGCAAAAACCACGGUCACCCAGAUGGAUGACGAGAGCUUCAGACUGCAAAGCACGUUUAUCCCAACGGACGCCUCACUUGGACCUUAUAAAUGUGUUGUGUAUAACAGUGAAUGGAAGGAAGAGGGCAACAAAACAUUUGACACAAUAGGAGAGAACAACAGAACAGACAAAGUGAUCAGUGGUCAGACCAAGAACAUAGCAGCUGGCGUGGUGGUCAUUGGAUCUCUUAUCGUUGGCCUGUUAGUGGCAUUGCUAAUAUUUAGAAGACGCUCUCGACGUGCCCUUCGAAGGCCCUCUACCCAACCAAUGCUGGGUCAAUGCCCAGAUGACCCAGAAGCUGAAGCCGAAGAACUCAACUCACGCCCACCACCGUAUGAAGAGGUACACAAAGAUCCACUCGUCAAGUCACCGUAAGAGUUGACAUCUUCUACACAUAAGAGACUAAAAUGCCAGUUCUGAUACGACUCUGAUGUUGCUCAGCAGCCAAACACCAUCUAAUGGGAACAGAGAUCUGCCUUGUCUGUUUACCAAAGUCUUGUGGUAAACAAUGAGCACAAGAGUUAAAUAGUUGUGUACACUGGGUUAUGUGCAGUAUGUAGCUACUACGUGCCUUGUGUGGUGGCUGUGGUUGUAGGCAGGUUGUCUGUCCAACCUAACUUACUACAGUGAAAUACACUUUUAGACAUCCUGUCCACUUUUCAUACUUCCUAAUGUGUAUUAGAACUAACAUUCUAAAACUGAUAGUUCCGGUCCUUGAUUGUGAUCAGCUGAAUCUCGUUCGAUGCCGUUGUACGCUAGUGCGUCGUGCCUAACAAUGCCCCUAAGCUGUUCCCCUAGAAUCAGUGUAACCUACGGCCUCUCGGGGCUUAUUGCUUAAAUGGACCAUCUGUAUGUUUUGGCAGCGGAGUGAAAUUCCAAGAGUGUAUUCAGGGAAUAGGGAGGCCUCGAAUUUAAGUCCACAGAGGUCCAAACCCUUUAGACAGAUGGUUUGAUUUAGGCAGAUGGCCUCUGGAAUGGAACCCAUUUCCUGUCUCCCAUCACCAUUGCUACUUUGAUCCUUGUAGCUUUUUCACCUGUGGCCUUUUCUGUGAUCAUUGUGUAUAUUGCUGUACAUAAAAUGUUUUUCAAACAAAUUGUAACAUUUGAAGCUUUCAGAGCUCUCUUGUCUACUGUAUAGAGAGAAUUUCAUCAUAUUUGACUGUAUGCACUGUUGUUCUGUGUCAAGCCAUUGACGUCUGAUUUUUAUGCUUCACAUGAAAAAAUGCAAUAUCAAAAUUCUUUUGUCUUUUUUCAGUUUUUCUUAAAAUAAACAUGUUUUGUGUUGUGA